AUGGGCGGAAUGCGUCCACUUCGUCAAGAGGCUUGGAAUGCCUACGGGUUGAAGCCACCAUCAGAAGAAGAGCAAGAGUCUGCUGCAGAGGACACCUUGGUGGAUGUGGACAACAUAUGGGUGGAUGCGGACAACAGAUGGGUGUUCCUGUGCCACGGUAACGACGGUCAGGGCAUCGCCUACCCCAUCUACAAGCAAGGACAUCCUCUAAAACCAGACGAUGGCUGGGACAUAGCUUACGAGCCUUUUGACCUCGCAUACGAAGUGAGGUCAUUACGAGAAGCAAACCGGGCCACAGACAUCGGCAAUAUCACUAGUCAUUAUCGCGACGGCUAUUCUGUCUGUGGCUAUGAUCCCGAUGGGGUCUUCAUCAGCAGGAAGGCCCUAGGUCUCGUGACCCUACAACACCAGCUCUGCCACCGUCGCGUCGAGGCUCUCUCCAAGCUUACAGAGGCACAACGACGUGCCCAGUCACCUGACGAAGACUCCUGUACAGGGUCGUUCCGGCGCCAGUUUGGCCUUGUUCCCACAAGAUUGAGGAGAGGCUCCGCGCUACCGAGGAGCUUACAAUCCGAGACACCCACGAGCAUUGGAGGCUCGGCAAGGACCUUGCCUCUGGGGACCUCUAUCUCCCUAUCCUCGAGCCCCUCGCAGUUGUGGUACGUCGUGGAAGACCAGUUAUUGGACCCGAGCAGAUCCCCAUUGCUGCCAUCCCACGUGGAGACAACUAUCGUCGACGAGCCGCUGCGAGCCGCCAACGUGAUCCCUCUCAAUGGGAGCUUAUGGACCAGGCGGAGAUCCAGGGACACCUCUAUCAAGGACGGGAUAUCGAAGUGUCGACACCGACGCCGGCACGAGGACGUGGACGGGGCUCGGGGGCUCGGGGGACUACAGGAAGACGGGGAAGAGGUCGCGGACGGGGACGAGGCCAGCAAAAUAGAGUAUACGAGACCCAAGGAGUUACAGGUCCAGCGUCUAGUGCAGCCAUACAGCUCGGGAGGCCAGAACCGGACACCCCCUUGGCUAGUUGACAGAUAG